UCCUCCCUCUUCCGGCGACCGUAGAAUACGUCGUUACCGUCAACGGAACCGUGGAACUCUCCCAUCGACCGUCAUGGACUUCUCAGACAUUUUUCGAAUCGUCAACUUGGCGGUCGGGGUGUUCAUAGUGCUAGGAGGCAUCGGGCAGUUCUUUGUCGAGACUUCGAUACAGAGCUUCAUUGUCGGAGCAUACGUGAUCAUCUUUGGUUUGGGCACCGCAUUCCUUGAGUUUCAAAUACCGCCGCAAAUCGCCCGCUAUGCGUCGUUCAUGCUCUCCUUCAUCGGCCGUGGCAUCUUCUACAUCUUCGUCGGCUCCAUCGUCGUCGGCGACCAUUGGACGAAAUACGUGGCCGGGACGAUUGUCGGGAUCAUUGGCAUUGGAUACGUGGUCCUCGAGUUCAUCCCCAGCAUUGAGCCGCCGGCGAAUAUGAGGGACGCCGAUGUUGGCUGGGGCGCGGAGCAGGUGUAAACGACGAGAACGACAGCAAAACGCCUUUUCAGGCGACUUCACAACGUCAAAACCGUGAUGGUUGCCGAUGAGAUGAUGGCCGGUUUCAUGUCGCAGAAAUGGCAGGAUGGGUUUGCAAGGAAUCGUCCCAUGAAUUGCUCUUCCUGCGAUUCGAGCCCCUUGUUUAUAAUCUAAUGUUUCCUUUGGGAUGGCUAUCGGAUGGGUUGAGUAUGUGUCGCGAGAGCGUUGGUGUGGUUGGCACUGUAUAACUAAACAUGAAUACCAAUGGGUUGAUUCUUUGUCCUCUACAGGUUCUUAUGCUCUAUGCUGUUUAUCGAUGCCAGGCUUAUGUCUUUGUGCCGGCCAGAGAAAUCCCAGGCUGUGCCCGGUACUACACCCGGUACUGCAGGUUGGAGUUUGGAC